GUUCCAUCAGGUUGCUCAUUUAGUGAAAGGCUACAUAACUCUACAACAACAAAUUCAGGAAGGGAAUGGAGAGCCUAUUUGUCACGCUAGCUGAAGUCCAGUGGACUCCGGAGGAGUGUGGACCAGUACCCGUGCACACAGAAGACACAUUUUGCUGCCAGGGUUUCCUCAGGUCCAGAAAGGUUUGUUCGGCAUCUGCUGUACGGGAAGAUUUCCACAUUCACCUUGGACCCCAGUGUUCCCGUACAUCUUCUUCGGCAAAAGCCAUUUUCUUGGAGCUGUUGGACACAGAAACCGUCAACACUUUCUGCAAGCAACUGAACGCUCAAGGCUGUAAAAGGUGGCAAAAUAAGCGGGUUACAGGUCAGGACUUUCUAGCGCUGACUGCUGUGGCCCUUCAGGGUGGCUUCCACAAGGGGCUGCGAAUCAAUGGCCUUACAGACUCUGUUAACAAGAUGGAAAAGCUGCGACAGUCUUUACCCCAGGUGCAAGGUCUUCCUCUACUAUUAGAUGACUUAAAGGAUGAAGAGGUGUUCUGGGUGGCGGUGCAGAAUUUACUUGAAACGACGAGGAAAAAUUUCCAGAAGGCUUGCACGCCAGGACAGAACCUUAGCAUCAAAAAGUUUGAGCUGCGCUCCAAAGGCCAGCACACCAUGAGUGAACUCAGAGUGGCAGUGCUUUUUGAGAUGGCACAUGGCUUUGUGUGCAAUUUCUUCUUCUACUCAGCUUCGUGCUUGCCGAGAGGCACCGACAGUCCUCCAGUGUUGCACAUCCUGUAUGAGCUUUUGCAGCCAUACUACAGCAAGGCGUAUCAUGUGCAGCUGGACCACUCCGCUUACUCAGAUGGUCGUUUAGCGGAUUCUUUUGCCCGUUUGGGAAUAAAAUUAAACUUUACAAGCUUCUGUCCCCGACUAGAAAAAACACCUGAAGAAGUGAAUUCAUCCUUCACAGACAGCCAGACUGCACUAUGGUAUCCAUUUCUGGAAGGAUGGGUAUGGCCUGCUCUCGUGCCGCCUUCUCCAGAGACACAUUUGGAUCCAUUCUUAAUGUUAUGGUUAGGGGUGCACUUAGUGUGCGUGGAUGCAUUUGUCCUCGGAUCAGUAACACAGCAUGGCACGAUUGGUGAGAUGUCCCUCUGCGAUUUCAGCCAUUCUCUUUCUGCGCAGCUGGCAAAUGAGUGUGUUUCAGAGGAGCCCUUUAUAGCAGGGUUAACGUUACACAACCUAAAGGACAGCUCUGGAAGAAACAGAGGCAGCAUCAGGGAGAAGCUGGAGAUGAGAAACCGUGGCUCCUACUAUUGGGGUGAUAAAGAAGAAGCAGGCAUGCAUAGGAAAGCAGGAAAAGGACCACCUCAUGGUUCUGUAGGUUUAACCAAUUUGGGAAAUUCCUGUUACAUUAACGCUGUGCUGCAGUGUUUGAGCUACACCACUCCACUUUUGCAAGAACUUCUCUGCGAAGAAAAAUGGCCAGAUCAGCCAAGCCAGAGGACUGAUGUGACCCGUGCUGUUGUCACACUUCUAGCAGACAUGUGGACUGGCCACUUGGAGCAAAGGACUUUACAUGAAAGCGUGUCUUUUAUCAAGCAGAUGCACCCUCAGUUCACCAACAGUAGACAGCAAGAUGCACAGGAAUUGCUUCUGUGUCUUAUGAAUGCACUUCAUGAAGACUUAAAAAAAACAAGAUCAAGAAGCCACUCACGAUUUGAAAGUGGGAAAUCAUCCACCGAGGAACCAAAAGAGUUUUCCAUCAUUACGCAACUCUUUGAAGGCCUGCUAAGCUAUGAUAUGAUAUGCCUUAUAUGUGACCAUCAAAUCCUGACAAAUGAAGUUUUCACAAUUCUGUCACUGCCUAUUCCAGCUAACACCAAGGAGUGCUCUGUUCAGGAUUGCCUGGAGCUCUUCUUUCAACCAAACGCUUUGCAGCAAGGUGACCAAAUCUUUUGUCCUCAGUGUGAAGAGAAACAGGAUGCAGCAGUUCUGACAACUCUCUCAAAAUCUCCUCAGAUUCUCAUCUUGCAUUUGAAGCGUUUUCAAUACAGGGGAAAAAAGAAGCAGAAACUGAAUACUUACGUCAAGUUUGUGGUGGAGACUCUGGAUCUGUCCCCCUAUUUAACUACCAGGACCAACUCGCAAUACUUCUUAUAUGCUGUAGUGAACCACAUUGGUGAUUUGGAUAAUGGACACUAUACAGCCUAUUGCAGAGACCCUUUCACCAAACACUGGCAUCAGUAUGAUGACGAAAUUGAAUCAGACAUCAAAGAAGACUUUGUACAGUCUCCUCAGGCUUACUUGCUUUUCUAUAGCACAGAAAACCUGCCAGUUCCUUGUCUUCAUUUUUGAUACACAUGACAGACUAUUGUUAGAGCACAUUACUGUA